GCGAUGAGUAGCGCGGAAGUGAAUAUCGAGGUGGGCGAGCGGAGGGUGCAGCUGUCAGGAGGCCAGAAGCAGCGCAUUGCCAUCGCCCGAGCGGUCAUCCGCAACCCGCGCGUGCUGCUGUUGGACGAGGCCACGUCAGCGCUGGACAGCGAAUCAGAGCGCGUGGUUCAGGCCGCGCUGGACGGCGGGCUGAUGGAGGGGAGAUCGACGGUUGUGAUCGCGCACCGGCUGUCAACGAUCCAGCAUGCGGAUAAGAUUGCAGUUGUGGCGGGGGGAAGGGUGGUGGAGCAGGGGAGCCAUGGGGAGCUGAUGGCGCUUGGGGGGGCGGGGGAGGGGGAAGGGGAGGGGGAGGGGGAGAGGAAAAGGGGAAGAAGAACCAUGCAGGUGGUCGAGCACGGAGUGAAGCUGCCAGGCGGCCAGAAGCAAUGCAUCGCCAUCGCCCGAGUGGUCAUCCACAACCCACGCGUGCUGCUGUGAGCGGCCUAGCUCUGCCCCGGU